AUGGAGAUGCUCAUUGGAGGUAUCGGAAUAAGUCAGCAAAUAACCUCACCAACUUAUAAGCGAGGAAACCACAACUUGUUUCUGCACCAGGGCAGCGUUGGUCUCGCUAUUGCUACUGUCAUCACUCGAAUGUUUCUCUCCAGAACACGGAAAGGACCCGAAGAAAAAAAGGCUCAGGACUAUGCUAUCGACUAUUAUUACGCCUUAGCUUUUGGCCAUGUUGGGGCGAUUCCAUUUGCAUGGGGACCUGGAGCAAUGCAGGUUAGAAAGGGUCCGGCCCGGCAGCGGGGAAGCUGGGCCUCCACUGUUAAGUUGAUGCAGCUGUUUGCUAGGUGA